AAAAGAUUGUUGCAGGAAGGAAAGAAAAAUUCUUUAUUUUGCUCAAUAAUUUGAAAUGCAGAUUACCUGUUAGGACUGAUCAAUGCAAUGUUGGGUUGUUGUUGCAUGGCUGCAUCUGUGGCUUCAAUUUCUCUGUUUUUGUCUUGUUAAAUCAUCCUUUAUUAGUUUUGCUCAAUUUUCUUGAUGUAUAAAUAUCUGUGUUCAGACGUCCUUGCCACCUGUGGUCGUGCAGCAUAAGGUUUGAGCAUGUACAGCACACAGGCAGGCAAACACACAUCUAAAUAGGUUACUAACGUGUUGUUUGGUGUGAGACUGCAAACUGAAUCAUCCUGGGUUCUCUGGCACAUGCUUAUGUGAAGCUGUUGCAUGGUGGUAAUUAGUGGAAGCAGGAAGGUGAUAACAAGAAGGAGCCACACGUUUGCAGCUGAGGUGUCACUGCCAGCAUGUCGCUCAAAGUCCCAGCCACACCUUUCGUACCCUCUCACACGUCCCCAGGCAGAUCCUUUUAAAUACAUGCACAUGUACCCGAGCUGCAAAAAGUUAAACAAAAUACUUCCCAAUGACACUAUUUACAUAUUGUGUAUAGACUAUAUGCCCAACAUAACUUUUCUUGUUACUCCUGUUUCAUGUUCUUCCUUUGCCUCCUUCUUUUCCUCUUCCUCCUCUUUCUCCUCCUCCUCCUCCUCCAUUUACAGUCUGACUCAUCGUAUCCAAAAGGUUGUGGAAACAGCAGUUUGGGUGGAGACAUGUACGGUGCCGGCUACCAUGCGAUUACCAACAUAGACUACUCCUCGGUUUGCAUCAGCGCUAUGAGUGCCAGGUACAGCAGUUGUCCUGGUAUGACCUGGCAUCAGAUGGACGUUCGUCAACUCUCCUUUGCUGAUGCAUCCUUUGAUGUUAUCCUUGAGAAGGCCACGCUGGAUGCCAUCAUGGUUGAGGAGAAGUCACCAUGGGAGGUCUCUCCUGAAACGUCAUCCUUCAUUCAUCAAGCUCUCAUCGAGAUAAGUCGCUGCUUGAAACCCGGAGGCUGCUUCGUCUCCAUUACGUUCGCGCAGCCCUUCUUCAGGAAACGUCUCUACGCACGGACCGCGUACAACUGGUCAGUCAGACAUGACAGUUACGGUGAGGGUUUUCAGUAUUUUGUGUAUGUAAUGACCAAAGGAGAGCAGCUCAGCCCAGAAGAUGCGGCUCUGGAACAGAGGCUUCUGGAGGAACCCAAAUCCCAACCCGCCAGCUGUCCCACCCCUCAGGAUGAAGAGGAUAAUGACUUCCUGUGCAAUAUUAACUUAUGAUGUUGCUGAAAUGUGGACAUUAAUUUCAGGAAUAUUUUAUGUCUUAUCCUACAGAAGCAGAAGCAAAGUGACAGAUUUAUUACUUUUAGUGUUGAAAAUAAUUUUAAACACACUUUUAUCUCAAUUUUUAGUAUUUUUAAUAUUUUAGCUUUUGUAAACUUGUAUACAUGCUGUACUACUACUAUAGAAAUAUUUCUGCAAAUUCAUGUGAAUGUGAUCAGGACUGCUUGUUGUCAAAUUCUAACAGGUAUUUUUAGGAUUGUAUUUUUUAACACAACUCAACUGUAUCAGUCUAGCCAUAAACCAAAUAGUUGCCUUUAGCAUAGUUUUAGGUUAGGUUUAGUAAAAAGUGAACAAGCCAAAGCUGAAUAAACAGGCAGCCUUUUGAGGAUACAUUUUUUUUCUUCCUGAUGCAAACAUUUCAGUGUUUUUCUAUAAUUUUUUUCAACUAAAAGGAGCAAGUUGGUGUGUAACAUAAGAUACUGGCAUUAGAUUAAAAAAAAAUAUUUUCAGGGAAACCAUGGUUUAUAAAAUUAAUAAUUUAGCAUUGACAUGUGGUUAAUGCAUCUCAAAAAUGUACAAAAUUUGCACAUAAUAGCCAAUAUUUGUGCAUAGAUAUACAAAAAAUAAUGCAUAUUGUUCUAACUUAAAAGAAAAAGACCAGAAAAUUGUGCCAUAUGUGUAAAUUCAAACCAUUUACUAUGAUUCUCCAAAAGAAUAUUUUGACAGCACAACUAUUGGCUAUAAAAUCCACAGAUCUGGCUUCGGAAAAGGGACAAGAAGACCACAAAAAGCAUAGAGGCCACAGCAAAUAUAUAGAAUAAGGCACCUGGGUUAGAUCAGACCAAAAUGUAACUUUGGACCAAUGAAACUAUGUGAAAAUUAUGUGAAUACUUCCUCCCCACAUUUAUUCUCUACUUUGUGUUGGUCCAUAACAUAAAAUAAAAACAUUGAGGUUUGAGAUCUUAAUAGAAUGAGAUGUAGAAAAAGUUCAAAAAGCUCUUAAAUAGUAAAAGUACUACAAAAAGUUACCAUCCAGCAGCGGAUGGUUAGUUAUGAUCCGUUGUGAAUCCCCUCCUGUAUGUGUCAGAGGUUUCGGUCUUGCUCUUGGUUCUACUUCAUAUCGUAAUCAUUAACAAAAUCCCUGCAGGUUCGCAUUCAGCUCCAGUGUUUGCGUUGCAGUUUGAGUUUGCCACGUUCAAGAGAUUUGCAAAACAAACCAUCAUGUCUCAAUCCAACACCUGAGAGCCGCAGCAUUCUGCCUGUUGAGAAGGUGUUAAAACUCCAUCAGUAUGUCUGUUAGCAUCCUCCUCUCGUCUGCUGCUGGUGUCGGUUUUAUGUUCAACACAAAAGCUUCAAGGUGCUUCAUGCCAUGUCUCACACAACAGUCAAACAGCAUUUAUGCACAUUUGCUCCCACCCUACAUGUUAUUUGUUCAAGACACUCGAUACUGGGUGUCGGGUCAUGUGCUCGCCUGCUGCUUAAAAUAACGGCACACACAGCCAUGCGUGCAGACAGGGAGGAGGACUUCUGACUGGAGGGGAGGGGAUCACAUUAAUAAAGUAGAAAUCAUUUAUUUUUAAUACCCUACCAAGAUCUAAUUAACGCCUAUUUUUAAGACUUACGGAGAGAAGAUGUGAUUUUUCUGAAGGCUGCUCUUUCCUUACACGGUUAGCUUGUUGGAGCAACAUCAUGGUGUGGUCAGCUUCAGCGCUGUUGUUUAUCAGACUAAUCUCACUGUAUGGUCUGCUUGUUUUAGCUGGCAUCGCAAAAUAAAAUUAUACAUAUUUAAUGGACUUACAAUAUUAAUGAGCUAAAUGAAGUACAAUGCUUUGUUCCAGACACAGAUUUCUUUGAUUUUUUUCCAGAAAAUGCAACUUUAGAUGAAGCUGCUAAUUAUGAGAUUGUCAUGUUUUCAGUAACAUCCAAAGCUGUUAAAAACUAAAAGGCUUUUAAACUAACCCUGUGGCCUAUUAUUAAUCAUUAUGUUGAUAUUAUUGUUUCAGCUUCAGAAGCUGGAAACUGCGUCAUAUGUAUGACCAACUUAAAAAUCGAUACUGUGUAAUCUACAGACUCAGUAGCUGUUUACAGUUCUGUUGUUGUUGUAUUAACGCAUUAUUCUCAUUCUGUCUUUCCAAGUUGACUGCUAACAUUAUGUACAGAAACACAGUCUUAUUUCAAGAUGUUUCUGUGAAAAAGAAAAAAAAGUUCUAACAUUAACAGUGCAUACAUACUUAUUGUUCUCCAUUUGUUUUUGCAUAAAGAUGCUUACAGUGUUUUAAAAUAAAUGCAUGUUUUACAUGCAGCGUCCUAAUAUCGCUA